AUGGAUAAGUUAGUCCCAAUAGUAAACAAAUUACAAAAUGUGUUGUCUUCUUUUAUUAGCAGUGAAACUCUUAGCUUGCCACACAUUGCAGUAGUAGGUGCCCAAUCUGUAGGAAAGACGUCUCUACUGGAAUCAUUAGUUGGAUUAAGUUUUAUGCCAAAGGGGGAAGAUAUUGUAACUAGAACCCCAAUAAUUAUACAAUUAACAAAUUCUAAGCAAGAAGAAUGCUAUUGCACUUUAACGUAUACCGAUUAUGAUAAUAAUCGAGUAGAAAAACAUAUAGAGGAUUUUUCUAUUUUAAACGAUAUAUUAAUAGAUGUGACUGAAGAAAUUACCGGGGGGAAUAAAUGUAUUAAGGAAACUCCAAUAAUUAUUGAAAUACGCAAAAGUGACGUUUUAGACUUAACCUUAAUUGAUUUACCAGGAUUAACAAAAGUACCUGUAGGAAAUCAACCCCAAAAUGUAGAAGAACAAAUUGUGAAUUUAGUAAAUAAAUAUAUAAAGAAUCCAAAUUGCAUAAUUUUAGCUGUUUCAUGUGCUAAUAUCGAUUUGGCAAAUUCAGAUAGUUUGAAAAUGGCUAGGAGUGUAGACCCUAAACAUGAAAGAACCAUAGGAGUUAUAACAAAGUGUGAUAUGGUGGAAAAACCAGAAAUAUGGAAGAAAAUGAUAAGUGGCUCUUUAUAUCCAUUAAAAAAAGGGUUUGUAGCCGUUGUUUGUAGAAGUCAGAAAGAUGUUGAAGAUAAUACGAGCAUUGAAGAUUCGUUAAGGAAAGAAGAAGAAUAUUUUAAUCAAUGUAUAGAUCUUACGAAUCAAGUGGAAUGUAUUAUGGAAUGUGGAAUAAAAAAUUUAGCCAAAAAAUUAAAUAAUAUUCUUAUUGAACAUAUUAAAAAUACUGUACCAUUUUUAAAACCCAAAAUAGAUGCUUUAAAAAGUAUAGAAGAAGAAAAAUUAUUAGAAUUAGGAGAACCUAUGGAUAACAUGAAUCGUUCUGAAUAUUUAGCAGUUCUAGUUAAUUAUAUAACAAAAUUUUCACAACAGUAUCAAGAUAUAAUUGAUGGAAAAGUAUUCUAUAAAGAUCGAGUAGAUGAACUAAAAGGAGGAGCAAGAAUUCAUUACAUUUUUAAUGAUUGGUAUAUAAAAUCGUUAAAUGAUUUUUCUCCUCUAGAAUUAUUAACAGAUGAAGAAAUAAGAAUAGCUAUCCGAAAUUCUAGUGGACCAAGAGGUGCACUAUUUGUCCCAGAAAGUGCAUUUGAAACUUUAAUAAAAAAAUUAAUAAACUGCUUGAAAGAGCCAUCACUACGUUGUGCAGAUCAGGUAUAUGAAGAACUCAUAAAAAUUGUUGAUAACUGUAGGAUAGCUGAUAUGGAGAGAUUUACUAAUUUAAAAAGUGCAAUAAAUGAACAGGUUAAAAUACUGUUAAAAGAUUGCUUACAACCAACAAAAGAAAUGAUUAAAAACUUAAUGUUAAUUGAAUUAUCUUAUAUUAAUACUAGUCAUCCCGAUUUCUUAAAUGAACAGUUUAUGAGAAAUGUAUAUGACAAAGACAACGAAUACGUAGAAGAAUUGGAUCAUGUUGGUCAUACACCGAGUAAUAAACUCCCGCACCCGAAAAGAGACUUUCAAGAAAACUACACAUCUAUGGGUAGUAAUAGUAACAACAUGAAUUGUUCUACCAUUCAUCAUCAUCACCAACACCAUCAACACCAUCAGCAGCAUCAGCAGCAUCAUCAAAAUCAUCAAAAUCAUCAAAAUCAACAUUGUCACACCUAUAAGGAAGAUACAAAACUGUGGAAAAAUAGAGAAGAUAUAAAAUCAUUCAAAAACAAGGAAGGAACAAAAAUAACAAAUAUUCAUAACAGUAGAGAAAAUGUUUUCAUUUUGCCAGUUAUUCCUGAAAAAAUUAUACCAGAGUAUUCAUCUUCAUCGAAGGAAAUAAUAGAAAUCGAUCUAAUAAAAUCUUUAAUUAAUAACUACUUUAACAUUGUUCGAAAACAUAUAGCCGAUGCCGUCCCCAAAGCCAUUAUGCACUUUAUGGUUAAUACAUCUAGGAAGACAAUGCAGAAGGUGCUGAUUUCCAACCUGCACAAUAGUGAACUUUUUAACUUAUUUAAUGAAUGUUCAUCUAUUAAAGUGAAAAGAAGCAAUUGCAAAAAAAAUUUGGAAUCCCUAAACCAGGCUAUCAAAAUGUUGGCAGAGAUUAGGAAUCAGGAACUUUAG